AUGGGUGAUUUCAACGUACAUUGUUUAGAAGCCCCUGCCACGAUCGGAGAACAAUUCAAAACCGAUUUACAAGACCUAGUAACUACUGUCCCUCUUUACAACCACAUCACUUUGCCCACUCGGUUCAGAACUGGUAACAGGCCAUCUGUGCUGGAUCUUGUGCUUACCAACGAGGAGCAUAUGAUUGAUGCGUUGGUUUUAGACUGCCAUUUGGGUCGCAGUGACCACGCAGUCAUCAGUUUUAGCUUCGUCUGUUAUGCAGAAUAUCUGAAUGAUAACGAUGAGACUGUGCGAACCAUCACAAGAGAAGACAAAGCCGCCUAUCAGCAGAACAUCGCAAACUUCUUCAGUGCUAACCACAAACUGCUGUACAAGCACGUUAAUAGCCUACGAAAGUUGAGGCAAGGAUUUCCUCCACUCAAGACGGCUGAUGGCCCAACAAGAACGUCUAUGGAAGCUGCAAACGCGCUGCAGAUGCAAUACGCCCCCACAUUUUCAGAAGUCUUGCUACCAAGAGAUCUACCAAGCUUUGUAUUCUGCUCGCCAGGACUAACCCAUAUCAAUUUUACCGCAGAGGCUGUAUUGCAAAAGCUGACUUCUCUACUCAAACACAGCUCGCCGGGUGUCGACACCAUUCGUCCUGAGGCAUUGGGAGCAGCAGCAAACCAACUGACAGGAACUUCAGCUCAGUUUUUUCAGCACUGCUUAGACCAGCACCUAGUUCCCGCCAUGUGUAAGCUUGGAAUAAUAAGCCCGAUUCACAAAGGUGGAAGCAGAACUGAUCCCUCCAACUACCGCCCAGUAACCCUUCUUCCUAUACUCUCCAAGGUCAUGGAAUCCAUGUUUGCCGAUGCACUGGUGUGUUAUCUGGAAAACUGCAACCUCAUCACUCCUGAACAGCACGGUUUCCGUCGACAGCGGUCAUGUACAACUAAUUUACUAAUUGCACGCAGUAGUUGGACCGGGGCAGCUAACGCUGGAGAAGGUGUCGAUGUGAUCUACCUGGAUUUUUCCAAGGCUUUCGAUCGUCUAGACCAUCGGCUACUACUAUCCAAGCCGCAGCAUUACGGGAUCGGAGACCUUCUUUUAAGCUGGAUCGCCAACUUUCUAUUUCAACGGCAAUUAGUGGUCAGAGUUCGGAGCUCUUUAUCGGAUCCCAUACAAGUCGAGUGUGGUGUGCCGCAAGGCUCAUUUCUAGGUCCACGUUUGUUUAUGGUGUUUAUUAAUGACCUUGCACAGAGAAUCGCUUCAAACUUCCUAAUGUUUGCCGACGAUAUCAAGAUCUAG